AUGGAAGAUACCUUGCUUCGUGAUCUUAUAGCCAAGAACGGCUAUGUCGACUCGCUCCUUCCUGGUCAAAGACAUCGUUGCGUGGUCCAAAGGCAAGAAUGGGUUCGAAACACGCGAGAUGCCGCCGAUCGAGCGGUAUCGAUCGAACAAGGUACUUCGGCUGAUGUUAAGUCCGAAAGUUGGGUAACAGUGAAUCAGGCACAGUCAUCAUUGAAAUCAGCCUGCAAUUCUGAUAAAGAUACGUCAUCCGAACGAGUUUCAGAGGUCACAGCAGAUGAAGAAGAGAAAAGUGAUCCAGAUUUAGUGCUAUGUCGUCUGUGCAAUAAACCUGUAGUGUUGACCCAGCUGAAAAAUGUUGUUGAGCACGCGAAGGAGCACUACCUUGUGAAGCAGUUCGAAUGCUCGCUUUGUGGUUUUGCUAACGACAACCAACUUCAUGUUAUAAGUCAUGCAGUUACUCAACAUCCGAACAAACUUCCUCGUAUAGUAAAGCACAAGAUGAAAGUUGUACUAAUCUCAUUCAUGGUCUUCCGUAUGCAAGCAGGGGUUUUACACAGUACUGACCCGAGAGACGAACGCUCGGCUAACGAUGAUAAAUUCGAAGAAGAACUAGAGAGUGGAUAUCAGAAGCUCAAAGGCGAGCCAAAUGCUGAUAAUACGAAGAGGCUUCUUGAGCAAUUGCACAAGAUGGAACCAGAGAUCAAACAAGAACUCAGUCUAUCUCGAGAGCGGAAAGCUGAAUUACAGGAAGCAAUGCAGAAUUACGUGGAAGUCAAAAAGGACAACAUUGGUGAAGCGAUUGAAGAAAUCAAUGAGAAAAGCAAAAUUGAUAGGGCUCUGUUCCAAGGAGACAUGCUGCUCACUAGAGAACAAGCCGAAGAGGUCAUAGAAGACGUUAAAGAGAACGAAGUCAAACGCAACAAACGGCAAGCAUAUCGCGACAACAGAUACCCUAAGGCACUAUGGUCAAAUGGAGACGGCUGGUUAUCUCAAUUCACAAAACAAUCUGAACAGACCAACUACAACUAUGACCUGAGCUACGACUAUGGAGGUGUGAUGCAUUACGGAGCGACAGGAGUAGUAUUUUUCAAGGCACCGGAUGGUUCAAAAGUUGAGGUGGUGCUUGAUAGAUAUCAGGAUGGCGUAUCUACUGACGGGUGUCGCUUUGCGGGAAUCGAAAUUAAAACUGGAAGCGAUAAGCGUCACACUGGCUACAGGCAAGAGUUUAGUUAUAACCAGCGUUUCUUCUAA